AUGCGGUUGACAACGGUCUUGCUAGCUGCAGCUCAGCUGCUGGCCCCGGUCGCGGCCAAGUUGGCCAUCCGCGGUGCGGACAUCUCCUCGUUGCUGGUGGAAGAAAGUGCCGGGUACUCGUAUAAAAAUCUCGGUGGAGCGACGCAGAAGUUGGAGGCCAUCGUGGCUGGUGCAGGCAUCAACUCGGUCCGUCAGCGAGUGUGGGUGAAUCCCAGUGGCGGCACUUAUGACUUGGACUACAAUGUCAAGCUUGCAAAGAGGGUCCAGGCCCAGGGGAUGAGAACUUACUUGGAUCUGCACUUGAGUGAUACAUGGGCUGAUCCUAGCCAUCAGGCAACCCCUUCGGGUUGGUCCACGAGCAGUAUCGAUGACCUGUCAUGGCAAGUGUACAACUAUACCAAGGAAGUCUGCGACACUUUUGCCGCGAAUGGCUUGACGGUUGAUAUCAUCUCCAUCGGCAACGAGAUCCGCAGCGGUUUGCUCUGGCCUCUUGGCGGUACAAGCAGCUACUACAACAUCGGCCGCAUCCUGCACUCCGGCGCAUGGGGAGUCAAGGACUCAGAGUUGGCCAGCAAACCCAAGAUCAUGAUCCACCUCGACGAUGGCUGGUCCUGGUCCCAGCAGCAGUACUUCUACAACUCUGUCCUCAAGAGCGGAUCAGACUUUGUUCUCUCCGACUUUGACUACAUCGGCGUGUCAUACUACCCGUUCUACAACGCGGGCGCGACCCUAUCGGCAUUGAAGACCAGUCUGACCAACCUUCACUCCACAUAUGGCAAGGAGGUCCUGGUCGUCGAGACGAACUGGCCUUUCUCAUGUCCUUCCCCCGCAUACGCGUUCCCAUCGGAUCUCUCGUCGAUCCCGUUCUCGGUCGCUGGGCAGCAAACCUUCCUGCAGAACCUGGCGUCCGUGGUCGCAGCGGUUCCGGGUGGACUGGGAGUGUAUUAUUGGGAGCCGGCUUGGUUGAACAAUGCCGGCUUGGGCAGUAGUUGCGCGGACAAUCUCCUGUUCAGCUGGAGUGAUAAAGAGGAGCGAUCGAGUUUGGUAACGCUUGGAUCAUUGUAA